AUGAGGGAGAUUAUGAGCAAUGGCCGCGAAAUUCAAGUAAUGAAAGGCUGGAGCCAAACCGAGGGUGCGGCAGUUCACCAGGGAUUAGCAUCACCAACAGAGUACAGUAGUCAGCGUGCAGAAUGGAGAGUUCCUAUCAACCGCAAAGUCGAGGACUUGUCGGCGGCCAUCGAGUCUCUUCAACCUGGCGAUUCAACAACCUCACCCCAAGAAGUCAGCUGGAAAGAUGUGUUCAAUUCCAUUGAAGAAGCAAAAAACACAUAUGAAAAAAAGGUCGAAGAUAAUCGAUUCAGAGGAUGGAUCAGGAAAGGCGACGUAGCUAUAGAUAUUUUAGAGCGCCUUUCCGAAGCUAUCCCUGACGAGAAUGGCCUCAGCGUCCUCAAAACAGGCCUGGUAUUCAUUUUUCAGUCGUGCCGAAAAAGACUUUCUAACGUGGGGAAUAUCCUACAAGAACUUGACGACGCUCCCGGUGUCUUGGCUAGUGUCUAUCAGAUAUGCGAUGUCUAUCGUGAAGAAAUAAGACUGAAGAAUUUGGUUUGGGAUUUUUAUGGGAUCCUAGUGGACUGUCUUUCAGAACUCUUGACAAUUUUGAAUCGCACAUAUAAAGAUGCAAAUGUUUUCAAAAAGUUUGUUAAGCAGAUCCCCGAAGUAGAGGCUGCGAAGAUAGGCGAAAUCUCCAAGAGGAUCAAUAAGGCAAAGCAGGCAGUCUUCGAAGCUACGGCCCAUUUGGACCGACAGGUAUGGCAAGAGACGAAGGCGUCGGCGCAGCAAGGGCGCAUAGCAGCGGAGGCUACUCGCAAGACAGCUCAUGACAUCAAAGCCAGAGUAGCAAACUUACAACAAGAAACCAGUGAAGGUCACUAUAAGCUGUCUUCACAGGUGGACCAGUUCCGUUCUCAAAUGAUAGAAUCCGCUAAUCAGAUGGGCGACCAACUUGCACAAACUAAAAGACAGAUAGCAAAAGAGGGAGAAGAGAGGAAGCAGUUUGAGGCAGGACUACAAAGACUGGUCGAUGCGUUGCCAGCAUCGAUUCAUGAGCAGCUUCAGAGCGCUUUGUAUCAGUUUGUUGCUGAUUCAAUCGUUCAACGACAACUUUUUGCGCUCCCUCCCAAUAUCAUUUCUCCUUAUCCAGCAUCUCAGCCUCUUGUUCAAUAUGCACCAGCCCUAAGUGAGGGUGAUAUCAUCAACUUACUGCAAACACCUGAUCCGAUAGGCGAUGCGGAUCGUAUCCUACGCAAGGAAAGCCUGAUGAGUGAUGAGGCACUGGGAUACGCUACAUUACUGAGGCAGAAACGUCAGUUCAAGGAAUGGCUAUCAGCAGACUGGCCGAGCCUAGUGCUUGUUGACGGUUGUAGCCGUGGGGAGAGUGUAGGACGAACAUCCCCAAUGUCCUACUUCACUGCUUCAUUUGCCUCAACUCUUAUUCAAGCUCAAACUGGUAUUGUGCUACAAUUUUUCUGCGGCCAUCAUACUGAUCCACAGAAAGAGAAUUCAGGACCCAAGGGUCUCUUACGGAGUAUCAUCAGCCAACUACUUCUAUACCCGAAAAGUUAUAACUUGUCGCUCAAUUUUGUUGAUCAAAGUUUGUACGACGCUGUAGCGGCAAGCAACACGGAGGCACUCUGUUUCUUUUUUGAGAGACUGUUCUGGCAGAUACAACCGGACACUAUAAUCUACGUACUUGUAGACAGCAUUUCGGAUUUUGAGUCUGAUCUUCACGAUUACGGGGAAAGGAUGGACCGAGUUCUCAUUUUAUUUCAGACGCUAAUUAGACAAGUCCUCCAAGGAUUUGCCGCUGGGCCCAAGCUGAAGCUGUUCAUGACAAGCCCUAAUAGGAGUCAUAGACUAAUCUAUAGAGUUGAUCAAGCCAAAGAAAGUAUUCGGCUAAACGCAGCAGGCUUAGGCGACAUACGCGGAGGUGGUGAUAGAUUGAUGCGAGAAAUACGAAGGGCAAAGUCACCGCAGCCUCUCAUUUAUUGA